UUUUCCAAGUGAAAAUGACAAGAGCAGAUAGUGGCCGUUCAUAAUUACGAUCGUCAUCACAAGUAGUGAGUAAAACUAGUACUAUAAUACAAGAAACCAUAUGUUACAAGAAGAGCUAGAGAGAGAGAGAGCACGCAUGCAUUACUAGAGAGAGGUCUCUAGAAGAAGGUGACUUGGGAGACUGAUGGCGGGGGGAAAUGUAAGUGUGAGAGGUAGGAGAAGAGAACUAGAUGUGUCCGAAGAAAAUGAAGCGAAUACUACACCGAAACGAAGGAAGCUGGAAGUAGAUGUAGAAUCUAGGAUUGUCUUUUCUCCGUGUGUACAGUCAACGAGUCGUGGUGGAACCGUGGUGAGAAACUCGGCUGGUGCGUCGGAGACAAGCGUCGUUAUUGUUCGAAGGAGAGAAUCUCCCGUCGACGAACAGUGUCAGAUUCCUAGCUCGGUUUCUUGCUGUUCAAGUAAUGGAUCCGAAGAGAAAACGAAACGGAGGAUAGAGUUUGUAGAUCUUGAGGAAGAUGACGAUGGUGAUCUUGAUCAAACCGUAACAUCGUGGAUUUAUGAUAACUUCAACAACACGAGGAGAGAUAUGCAACACGAGGAUUCGACGGCUAUGGAGGUCCAAGAGGUCGAGUGUCGCCGUCGGUUAAAGAUGAAGAAGAGCCGUGAGACGGUGAAGGAAGCCGAGCUGGAAGAUUUUUUUCAGGCGGCGGAGAAAGAUGUCAGGAAUAAUAAGAUGUUGGAAUGUUCUUGGAAGUAUAAUUUCGAUUUUAAGAAAGAUGAGCCACUUGGUGGACGGUACGAGUGGGUAAAGUUGAAUCCAUGAAGAUGAAGACGAUAAUCGCUCCCCUUUCUCUUCAUAAUAAUGUAACUUAUAGAAUGUAAUGUAUUAAUCUUUCUUACCCAAACAAUGUAAAUAUCUCUCAAAUAAUCAGUAACAUGUAAUCCAGAAACUCCUACUUUCAUUUGUAUGCGUAGUAGUUAAUUAGAUCCAUGUUGUUUCUCGGUUAAUCAAUAUGUUAUUUGUGUCCA